GGCGGCUGUCAUGGAAGAGUGCAGGGUCACGGCAGGGACUCCGUGACGGACCCCUCCGUGAGGGUGGUCAUCAGGAUGUGUCGGGGAGCAAAGCCCAACUUAAGUCAGUUACUCUUGCUGAACAUUGUGUUAUUGUGCAUAAAUGUCAUCGACGAGUUUUGAAACAUAACUUUUCUCAGAAAGAAAAUUUGGAAAAUCUUAAAGUUGAGCAAGGCCAUGUUUCAAAUAAUAACUUCAAUCAUUUUAAAUACAGCCAUGCACUAGAUAUUCAGUCACAUAAUUUUGAACCCCAAAGAUAUAAUGAUGAGAAAAUGUGUCAGUAUAUUAAAAUGGAAAAUUCUUUGAUGAAGGAUUCAUUAUUCUUCGAUGAACAGGUAAUUCCCAUUCAAUCUAAAGCGUACAGUUUUGAUAACUAUCAGAGAGACUCUACCCACCCACCAUUGCUUAAUGAAUGUCAGUAUAUAGAGAAUGAGGAAGAACCUUGCAUGUAUAGUAAAAGUAAGCAGGCCGUCAGGAAGGGCUCUCUAUUAAACAAUUGCCAAGGUAUGUACAUUCUAGAGCCAGGAUACCAAUGUAUGGAACCCGGAAUGACCUGUAACAGAGGAUCAAGCCAUAGAGAACAUCAGAGAAACGAGAUUCCAGAAAACCAUUCCCCAUGUGACAAAUGGGGACAAGCCUUCAAGGACUGUGUCCAAACUUGUGAACAUUUCACAAAAGUGAUUAAACAUCACAGAAUUCACACUGAUGAGAAAGCUUGCAAAUGUAAAGUAUAUGGGAAUGCCUUUAGUGAAUCUUCCCUUCUAAAUAGUCAUGAGAGUAUCCCUUCUGGAAAGCAACCAAUCCAAUGUGAAUUAUGCAGUAAAUCACUCAAUAAUUCCUCAAUUCUUACUGGUAUUGACAGAAUCCAUACAGUAGAGAAGCCUUACAAAUGUAAAAGAUGUUACAAAGCCUUUAACUGGCACUCAAGUGUUAUUAAACAUCAGAGGAUUCAUUCUGGACAGAAACCUUACAGAUGUAAAGAAUGCAGCAAGUCCUUUACUUAUUCCUCAAGUCUCACUGUGCACCAAAAAGUUCAUACCGGAGAGAAACCUUACAAGUGUAAAGAAUGUGGCAAAGCCUAUAAGCAGGGUUCGCACCUUAAUCAACAUAAGAGAAUUCAUUCUGGACAGAAACUUUUCAAAUGUGAAGAAUGCAGCAAGUCUUUUUAUUAUUCCUCAAGUCUUAAUGUGCACCAAAAAGUUCAUACAGGAGAGAAACCUUACAAGUGUAAGGAAUGUGGCAAAUCCUUUAGUUAUUCUGCAAGUUACAAUGUGCAUGAGAGAAUCCAUACUGGAGAGCAUCCCUACAAGUGUAAAGAAUGUGGCAGAUUCUUUAAGUGGAGGUCACAGUUUACUAGACAUCAGAGAAUUCAUUCUGUGCGUGUACCUUACAAGUGUAAAUAAUGCAGCAAAUCCUUUACUUGUUCCUCAUACCUUACUGUGCACCAAAAAUCUCAUAUCUGAAAAAACGUUAGAAGUGUAAAGAAUACAGCAAAUCAUUUUCUUAUUCCUCCAGUUCAUUUGCAUGUGAAGAUUCAUAGUGGAAAGAAGCCUUACAUUAGAAGGGGACCUCUCAUUGGUCCCCACAUGUUAAAUGAAAUCAGAGAAUUCAUUCCGUAGAGAAACCUUACAGAUGUAAAUUAUGAAGCAAGUCUUUUAAUUUCUUCCACAAGACUUACAAUUUCUUCCCAAAGUCUUACUGUGCACCAGAGAAUUAAUACAGGAGAGAAACCUUAGAGAUGUAAAGAAUGGCAAAAGGUGUAGUUAUUCCUCAAGGCUAAAUGUGCAUGAGAGAAUGCAUACUGGAAAGAAUCCUUACAAGUGCAGUGAAUGUGGCGAAUUCUUUACUUGUUCCUCAAGUCAGAGCGCAUGAGAGAGUUCAUAGUGAAGAGAAGCCUUACAAGUGUAAGGAAUGUGGCAAAGCCUUUAAAUGGGGCUUUCAACUUGCUGAACAUAAGAUAAUUCUUUCUGGACAGAAACCUUAUAAAUGCACAGAAUACAGCAAGUUCUUUAAUUGUUCUCAGGUCUUUCUGUGCAUCACAAAAUUUAUACAGGAGAGGAGACUUAAAGGUGUGAGAAAUAUCACACAUGCUUUAAGUGGGGCUCACAACUUACUAAACAUCAGAUAAUUCAUUCUGGACAGAGACCUUACAAGUGUGAAGAGUGCAGUAAGUCCUUCUUCCUCAAGUCUUACUGUGCACGAGAGAAUUCAUACUGGAGAGAAACCUUACAAGUGUGAGGAAUGUGGAAAAGGCUUUAAGCACGACUCACACCGUAAUCACCAUCAGAGAAAUCAUUCUGGACAGAAACCUUUCAGAUGUGAACAAUGCAACCAUUCCUUUACAUCUUCCUCAAGUCUUACUGUGCACCAGAGACUACAUACAGGAGAGAAGCCUUACAAGUGUAAAGAAUGUGGGAAAUCCUUCACUUAUUCUUCCAGUCUUACUGUGCAUGAGAGAAUUCAUACUGGAGAGAAGCCUUACAAGUGUAAGGAAUGUGGAAAACCCUCUUGGUGGUCCUCAUGCCUUAAUAAGCAUUGGAUAAUUCAUUCAAGACAGAAGCCUUACAAGUGUAAAGAAUGCAGCAAGUCUUUAUGUCUUCCUCAGGUCUUAAUGUUCAUGAGAGAAUUCAUACUGGAGAGAAACUUUACGGUUGUAAAGAAUGUGGCAAAGCCUUUAAGCAGGGCUCUCCCCUUAACAUCAGAGAAUUCAUUGUGGAGAGAAACCAUACAAAUAUAAUGAAUGUGGCAAAUCCUUUACUUGUUCCUCAACUCUUAGAGUGCAUGAGAAAGUUCGUAGUAGAGAGAACCUUACAAGUAUAAAGAAUGUGGAAAAGUCUUCAGUAAUUCAUCAAUUAUAAAUAAACAGAAGAACAUUCAUACUGGAGUGAAAUAUUACAAGUAUAAGGAAAGUAACAAAGCAUUUAUCCAGGCCUCAGUCCUUAAUAAAUGUCAGAAAAUUCAUUCAAGACAGAAACCUCACAAACGUGAAGAAUGCAGCAAUUGUUUUCAUGUCCCCGAGAAGUUAGUCUUCAUCAGAGAAUUCAUACGGAGAGACACCUUACAAAUAUAAAGAAUGUGGCAAAGCCUUUAAGGUGUGCUCAAGCCUUACUGCACACCAGAAAACAUACUAGAGAGAAACUUGAUUUUUACACAGAUGUAGGGUGGAAUUGCGUGUAAACUAUACAUGUAGGGAGCAUGAAAGCUUUCAGACAAAGGGAGAAGAAUCUAAAAACUGUGGCGAAGCUGUCAACUGUUUCUCACAUACUGUACAAAUGCAAAUUCACAGUAGAGAGAAAACAUACCAACAUGGUUAAUAUGGAUAUAACAUUGCCCAAGAAAUUCACCUUAAAAACAUGACAGUAUUCAUAAUGGAGAGACACUUUACAGGUGUAAAAUACUGUCGGAAAGUAUUUAAAUCAAAAUGUAAAGUAGCCAGGAAUGAAUUACAUAAGGAAGCUCUAAGGCACCAAAUUUUGUAGAGGUUACUCUUACAGUAUUAUAAAAAUGAUUUCAAAUAAACAGGGAUAAGAUAAUUGA